AUGUACACUUUUGCCAGACGCUCACAUCGUAUUCUCCCCACAUCUCAUCACCGUAUCUCCCGUGGUCCCUUCGUUCUCAAGCGCUUCAUCGGAAUUCCCCCAGCGUUCCUCCUGGACGAUUACACCCCCCAGUACCACCUGCUAAGCUCGGUUGACGCCUCAAAGAAACGAUCCCUGGCAUACGCACACUUACGCGAAUGCAAUCUGUGCCCAAGAAAAUGCGGGGUAAACAGAUAUGAGACGACGGGGAUGUGCUUGAUCGGAGCGGAGACAGCCAAAGUCAACGUGAUCGCGCCACAUCGCGGAGAAGAGCCUUGUAUCCAGGGAUUCCACGGUAGUGGCUCAGUUUUCUUCUCCGGGUGCAAUCUUCGCUGUGUCUUCUGCCAGAAUCACGAGAUUGCUCACCAACGCAAGGGAUUUGACUUGACCCCCGAAGAACUUGCAGAAUGGUAUAUCAAGCUUCAACAAGUUGGCAACGUCCAUAACAUCAACCUAGUAACGCCCGAACAUGUCGUUCCUCAGGUCGUCCUUUCCAUCCUAGCCGCAAGGGACAUGGGUCUGCGCAUUCCAAUCAUCUACAAUACUUCGUCCUUCGACUCACUCGAUUCACUUAAACUUCUCGACGGUCUUGUGGACAUUUACCUCCCCGAUUUCAAAGUCUGGCGGAACGACACAUCAAAACGUCUCCUCAAGGCAGACAAUUACACCGCCACAGCAAUGGAAAGUAUCAAAGAGAUGCAUCGACAGGUCGGUGAUUUAUCAUUUACCUCAGACGGCAUUGCCAGGAAGGGUGUUCUUUUGCGACACCUAGUCAUGCCGGGUAAAGAGGAUGAAGGACGAGAGAUUAUGCGCUGGCUGGCUGAGAAUGUCUCGCGGGAUCUUUACGUGCAUAUCAUGGAGCAAUAUCAUCCUGACGCACAUGUAGGGAAGAAGAAUCGAGUAACGAGGAGAGUUCGUAUGGGAGAAGGAGAAGGUGAUACGGCUAAAGAGGAGGUUCGGUAUGCGGAAAUCAAUCGUGCUGUACGCGAUGAUGAACUCAGUUCCGUUCGAGAGGCUGCAGUCAAGGCUGGACUAUGGCGGUUUUGCGAGGUUAAUGAGCAGAAAAGUGCGUUUCAUCUGUGA